GCCCUCUUGACAACUAUUAUCUGGAACUGAGCCACAAAUACAGGAGCCCUCGGAAGUGUGUUGCUUUGGGCUGGGAGAAAGGAUGGAGAGGAGAUCACAGCAUGCUUGAAGACGCAAAGGACACAACUCCACCUUUCCCAGAAGUAUCCAAACACAAGAAGGAGAUAGCCUUCAAAAUUGGACGCAGGUUAUUUGAGGCAUCUGCUCAAAACCUAUCACGAGCGGAUGGUCUGCUUUAUAUCAAUUCCUCCAUUUUGGCCCUGAGGGAUUCCAGCAGUUAUGGAUAUUCCAGAGCUUCUUACGUUCUCGGUGUCAUCUUCGAAGUUGGGCUAGGUGUAUCUCCAGACCCAGUUCAGGGAUUGCUCUACAACUUGGUUGCAGCUCAAGAAGCGGAUCGUCUUGCUCUGCUGAGCCUGGGCUACAAGCACUAUCAAGGGAUGAGUAAUUACCCCCAGGAUCUUGAGGUCUCCUACGCUUACUAUAGCGACGUGGCUCUAAAGACGCCCCGGGAUCAACAGAACGCAGCAGGAGAUCAGGUAAAUACGAGGACGGUCUCUGGCAGACCUUUUCUCCUGGUUGUUAAAAGGGAAUAA